AUGGCCCCGGCUGUGGAUAUGACCGCCGCGCCCACCGGGGUCCGCAGCGACGAGCUGCCCGCAUCCGCCUUCAGCAGUCCCGGCGGCGGCGCGCUCCCCGUCGCGGCGGCGAUGGGCGGGGAGGAGGAAAGCGACAAGCCCAAGGUUUCCCCAUCCCUCCUGCCGUUCAGCGUGGAGGCGCUCAUGGCCGACCACAGGAAGCCGGGAGGCAGGGACGGACCCGAGGGCGCUGGGGCGGCCUCCCGCGCCAGCCUCAGCCCUCGGCUGGGCGCGCUGUCGGCGGAGGCGCCGCCUUCCCCGCUGCCCCUCGGCGGGCACUUCUCCGUCGGGGGGCUGGUCAAGCUGCCCGAGGACACGCUCGUCAAGGCGGAGAGCCCCGAGAAGCAGGAGCGGAGCCCCUGGAUGCAAACCCCACGGUUCUCGCCGCCUCCCCCGAGACGGCUGAGCCCGCCCGCCUGCACCCUGCGCAAGCACAAGACAAACAGGAAGCCCCGGACGCCCUUCACCACGGCGCAGCUGCUGGCCCUCGAGAGGAAGUUUCGGCAGAAGCAGUACCUGUCCAUUGCCGAGCGCGCCGAGUUCUCCAGCUCGCUCAGCCUCACCGAGACCCAGGUGAAGAUCUGGUUCCAGAACCGUCGCGCCAAGGCCAAGAGGCUUCAGGAGGCUGAGCUGGAGAAGCUGAAGAUGGCAGCCAAGCCCAUGCUCCCGCCUGCUGCUUUUGGCAUCUCCUUCCCACUGGGCGGCCCGGCCGUGGCCGGCGCGUCCCUGUACGGUGCCUCCAGCCCUUUUCAGCGGGCAGGGCUGCCCGUGGCUCCUGUGGGACUGUACACAGCACAUGUGGGAUACAGCAUGUACCACCUCACAUAGAGCCUGAGCCGAGCCCAGCCCUGCUGACUGUCUGCUCCCGCUGGCUCCACACAAACUCCCUCCCUGCUCCUCCGGCCCUUUUCUGUGGACUUCCCCGUGGAGCCUAUGGCAGAGACUCCUCCAGUUUGGCUCUGCUUGAC